AUGUUACAGAUGAAUGAAAUAAGUUCAUAUUUACUGGAAGUUAAAGUAAAACAAGGCAGAAUAAUUGGUAUAAGAGAGGAAACUGUGGGUAAUGGUAGGCUCUACUAUGCUUUCUAUGGCAUUCCAUACGCUGAAAAGCCUGAGGGAAAAUUAAGAUUUAAAGAUCCGAAACCAGUGAAAAAGUGGAGUGAACCUUUUGAUGCUACCGUUGAGUAUCAUGGAGCUUGCGCGCAAUCUCACAUAGUGCAUAAAAACACUCUAUUCGGAAACGAAGAUUGCCUUUCUUUAAAUAUUUACUCAGCACAUAUACCAAAGGAAGAAAAUAGAGAUCUACAACCAGUAGCAGUCUGGAUACAUGGUUAUGGAUUCACAACUAGUUUGAGCCACAUGUUCGGUGGUGAUUCGUUUUUAGAGAGAAACAUUGUCUUUGUUACAGUAACACACAGAGUUGGAGUAUUUGGUUUUUAUAAAGCCAACGAUUCUAAUACUGACGGAAACAUGGGCUUAAAAGAUAUCGUAAUGGCACUGAAAUGGGUAAGAAAAAAUAUUAAACAGUUUGGAGGGGAUAGAAAGAGAAUUACUGUUAUGGGAAAUGAUUCGGGGGCCACUUUCCUAACAUUAUUAUUAAUGACUAAACAUAAAAAUAUGUUCUCGAAGAUGAUAUUACAAAGUGGUGGCAUUUUUACUCCAUCUUUAUUUCGAGGAAAUUCUAAAGUAGAAAGAGAGAGAUUAAAUAAUAAUCUUCGAAAGAGCGGCUAUGAAGAUAUUUUAACAGCGCCCACUAAAGAUAUAAUACUAGCAUCAGAGAAGAUUUACAACAAUAAAGAGAUAGCGAAUUUUCAGCGGCCAAUUAUUCCUUUUACUCCGACAGUAGACAAACUGUCUAACGAUUCCUUUCUAACGAUCACUCCUGAUGAAUUCUACAAUACUACGGAAAAGUUUAAUAUAACUAAAAGUAUUAUGAUUGGAUUCAACAGUGCAGAGAGUAUUUCGGAAGCAAUACCUUUUUUACAUAACCCACGUUAUCUGAAUUAUUUUAAACCUUUUUUUAAAUUCAUGGUACCUUUUUCUGAUGGUCACAAUCACGAUUAUACAACAGAAGCGUAUAAAAACGUUGCAAAUAAAAUAAAACAUUACUAUUUCAAAGACGGCAUCUCUGAGAAAUCUAUCGAUAAUUUUCUUCGUUAUACAACGGACUUGAAAAAAUAUCCUAUAUGGAAGUUUAUCAAGAGACAUGUAGCUAAGACAGACUCAAAAAUGUAUGUAUACAAGUUUAAUUAUCUCGGUGGAUUCAACACAGUUAAAGCUACAUCACUAGCUGGAGUAAACUUGAAAGUAAAAGGUGCAUCUAAUGGUGAUGAAAUAUGUUACAUAUUAAAAUGUCAACCGAUGGGGGAUCAAUAUAUUAAAUUAAACAAUGACCCAAAUAACCGAGAUAGGAAAUUCAUGUAUGAAAUAACAGAAAUGUGGGUCAAUUUCAUAAGAAGUGGUAAGCCCACGCUCAAUGGAACAUGGCCGCCGAUGACUCUAAAUGAAAAGAACAUUUUGCAACUAGGCAAAGUGACAAAAUUAAUUGAUACGAAAUCAGAAGAAAGAUCUUUCUUAUUUUGGGAACAUAUUUAUGCGUCGUAUUAUGCAAAUAAUAGUUUUGCAAGCAACGUACACGACGAGUUAUAA